CCCCGCCCCACCCCCCAGUCUGCAGAACCUCCAUAGGAAAAGACACCGUUUUAACUGAGCUGAUGGAAGCACAGCAGGACCAGAUGCAGCAGUGAGAUCCGUCGACAAAGCAGAGCGGGAUAAUGAAAUGAGACACACCCGAUACCUUUUGCAGUGUGUCCCGCUGGUGGAGGAGUAACAGCAGUUUGUCUCCUUUGAUGCUGGUGGAGGAGCCUUUCAGGCGAACUCGGGUCUACGGAGCAUGUAAACUGACGCGGUGUCCAGCGUGUGUCUUAUCUUUAUGUGUUUAGUGGCCCUUAUCAGGCCCGCCGCCUCGGCCGCCGCACAUCUGCAGCAGCCGGAUCGGAGGAGACGGCGGGAAGGUUCCCAGGUAAUAAAAGCGGAGGGAGCCGCCGGUGUCGGGUCCGCACCUUCACAGGUCUGCAGCAGCCUCCCUCCGCCGAGGCCACCAGGCCAGUUAACCAUGAGAUAAUUGAUGCCUCUCUCCCAUUGUUGCGGGGCCUCGCCCACUGGCCUCAGAGUGUGGGAAAGCUAAUCCUGCCUGGGACUCAUGGCUUUGUAAUGCUAAUGGGGGCCUAUAAAUAGAGGAGAGGGCUCCUCAGCCACAGCACAGCUCACUCUGCUCUGCACCAGGAUGGCUCCAACCAACACCAGAGACUCUCCCACCUCACUGCUCUCCACCAAAGACAGACACAAACUGAGGAAACCGGUUGUGGAGAAGAUGCGCAGAGAUCGCAUCAACAGCUGCAUCGAGCAGCUCAAGGUCCUGCUGGAGAAGGAGUUCCACAAACAGGAUCCCAACGCCAAGCUGGAGAAGGCCGACGUCCUGGAGAUGACGGUGGUGUUCCUGAAGCAGCAGCUGCAGCCUCGAGGGACGCUCAUGGCGGCUCACGGUGACGGAUACUCCCACUGCUGGAAGGAGACGCUGCACUUCCUGUCCCAAAGCUCCCUCGAGGAGGUGACGCUCCCGCACCUCCGGCACCUCCACGCCGCCCAUGGAGCCGGCCGGAACGCCGGCCCCGCUCCGGCCCUCUCCGUCCAGGCCGCGGGGAAGCAGCUCUCCGGCCCCCACAGAGCCGUGUGGAGGCCCUGGUAGAAGCUGC